AUGAAGGGACUUAUCGGAAAGUGUAUUCGGUGUGUUAGAGAAAGGGCCGAAAUUACACAACAAUUGAUGGGUAGUUUACCUGACUUUCGAGUUAACCCCUCUCGUCCAUUUACUCAUACGGGUAUGGAUUACGCGGGUCCAUUUGAUGUCCGUUUUGAUUCAUUUCUUUUUGAACUAGUCACUGAUUACACCACUCCCACCUUCAUGGCUGUCUUUUCUCGCUUUGUGAAUCCAAGAGGUACACCCCCUCAUGUGUAUAGCGACAAUCGGACUAAUUUCGCGGGAGCCCGAAAUGAAUUGAAAAAGGUUGUCAAGGCCCUACAUUCUGAUGUCGAAUUGAAAAAUCACUUUGCGACCAGGGAAAUUGAUUGGCAUUUCAUGCCUCCUAAUGCUCCACAUUUUGGUAGGUUAGUCGAGGCAACCCUCAAUUCUCGCCCUAUUGCUCCGCUCCAUGAUAAUGUCGAGGACUUCUCAUAUCUGACACCCGGUCAUUUUUUAAUCGGUGCACCUAUAAUAGGAUUGCCUGAAGUAUCCCAAGAGUUUACUCCGAUAAAUCGCCUUACUCGAUGGCAACAAGUUCAAAGAACCUCGGAAAUUUUUUGGCGCAAAUGGUACAGCGAUUAUUUACAUGUGCUACAAAAAAGGUAUAAAUGGUUUUCCGUAAAACCGAACUUGAAAGUUGGAGAUAUGGUUUUCCUCAGAAAUGAAAAUCUUCCGCCUUGUAAAUGGUUAUUGGGAAGAGUAACUCAAUGUUCAGUAGGCCGAGACAAUUUGAUUUGUGCUGUCAGGGUUCGUACCGCUAAUUCGGAAUUUGAUCGUCCUCUUGCGAAAUUAUGUCUUUUACCAAUUAAUUCCAACGACAAAUAA